GGAUAGCAGCAGCAGCAGCAUCCCAGACCCACUGCACGACAGCACGACACGUACUAACUCUUAACUUUAUGAUAAAGUAAUCAUGAAGUUUAGCCACUGCAUUGGAAUUCUGCCUGGUUUUCCUGCUUUGUGAUGUCAAUGAAGUACUAUUUACCUUUGACAAUUUCUUAAAAGAGGUAGCAAUGAGUGCCCUUUUUAAGCGCGAGAAGGUGAAGCAGUUGAUCCGGCAAAGGGUGCCUAUCGUCGCCUGGCUACCCUCAUACGAUCGCACGGAUUUCAUCUGCGACCUCAUCGCAGGGGUCACUGUCGGACUCACUGUCAUCCCACAAGCUCUUGCUUACUCCACUCUCGCGGGUCUUGAACCACAGUAUGGACUUUAUUCUGCGUUUAUGGGCUGCUUCAUGUACAUCAUUUUCGGCGGGUGCAAAGACAUAACAAUAGGUCCAACCGCUCUCAUGUCUCUAAUGACUUACGACCAAGUGAAAGGAAAAAACAAAGACUUCGCUGUUCUCCUCUGCUUUCUAACUGGUUGUGUUCAGAUGCUCUUUGGUAUUUUAAACUUGGGCGUCCUUUUGGACUUCAUUUCGGUGCCGGUUAGCAUCGGCUUCACGUCAGCCACGUCAGUUAUCAUCAUUGUGUCCCAACUGAAAGGGCUGCUUGGCCUCAAAUUCAGCUCAAACUCAUUUCUGGACAAUGUAACUAAAGUGUUCAAGAAUCUGCCGAACACUCGUUUCGGAGACACUUUUCUUGGAUUUUCUUGUAUACUCGCGUUACUGCUUCUGAGAAAAAUCAAGGAUUUGCCAAUCAAGGAACCUGCAGAUGGAAGAAGCAGUGUCCGCAAAGUACUGAAAAGGGCUCUCUGGCUAAUUUCAGUGUCGAGAAACAUAUUAGUCGUUAUAGCUUGCUCAAUAAUCGCAUUUUGCUUCGAGGCCACUGGAAACCAACCUCCAUUUCAACUUAUAGGAACCGUUCAAUCGGGUCUGCCAAGCUUAUCACUACCUCCAUUUAGCACAACCCUCAAUAAUCAAACCCUCUCAUUCACUGACAUGGUCUCAGAACUUGGGUCUUCCAUUAUUUUGGUCCCAGUGAUUGCCAUUCUUGGGAAUGUCGCCAUUGCCAAAACAUUUGCAACUGGUGAUUCUGUGGACGCAACUCAGGAGAUGAUUGGCCUUGGCAUGUCCAAUCUGGCUGCUUGUUUAACCUCGGCUUACCCAGUGGAUGGUUCAUUUUCACGUAGUGCAGUAAAUCACGCUAGUGGAGUCCGCACUCCCAUGGGGGGCUUAUACACAGGCGUCCUUGUGUUGCUGGCUCUGAGUUGGUUGACGCCCUACUUCUACUUCAUUCCGAAAGCAACCUUGGCUGCGGUCAUUAUCUGCGCAGUCAUUUUUAUGAUCGAGUAUGAGGUGGUCACACCAAUGUGGCGAUCAAGCAAAAAAGAUCUGGUGCCAACGUUCACCACCUUUGCUGUCUGUCUUGCUUGGGGAGUAGAAUACGGGAUCUUGGCUGGGGUUGGUAUCAACAUAGUCAUGCUCCUCUACCCAUCAGCUCGUCCAACAAUACAAGUGCAGCGAGCCAUGACCAAAUCAGGGAGGAGCUAUUUGAUGAUCACUCCCAGCAACAGUCUGUAUUUCCCGGCUGUGGACUUUAUCAGGACAACAGUAGGCAAAGCUGGAAGCCAAGAAGGUCGAAGUGCAGUGGUUGUUGACUGUAAAUUCGUCCUUGGUGCUGAUUUUACGGCGGCCAAAGGCAUUGCUGCUUUAAUUGACGACUUCAAGAGGAGGAGUCAACCAAUUUACUUCUACAACUUAAGGCCUGGUGUGAUUGAAGUCUUCAAAGGUGCCAGUUUAGAGGAAUUUAUUCAUUUUGGCGACGAGGAUGAGCUUGAUGAGUACAUUACUAAAGAGUAUGUUUUGAUACAAUCUUCUAAAUCUGGUGGUGGAGAUGAAGAGUUAGUGCCAUUGAGUACUUUUCAAGGUGACCAAGAACGGGGCUGUACUGGGUGAUAUGACACUACAUUUUACUAUAAAUUUUACUUUUGAUCAGAAGGUCAGCAUUUCUGCAUUUAUUUCCUCUUUUUUAUCAUAACAAUAUAAUUUAUUUUCCUUUACUUAAGUUUAAUAGUGAUCACUAACCACUUUUUUGCGAAAUUUAUAUUUUGUUACAAUUUAUAACUUAUAAGAAAUAAAACUGUGUUUUUGUAAA